UUUCCACUGAACAAAACCCAAUUCUCGAAACACCCCAUUUGGGCAUGGCUUCUCCUUCUCCGGUCUCUGCUGUGUGCGUCCAAGGCUCCCCUGAUGCUCGUAAAGGUUCUACUGAUUAACUGUUAUCUGAACUACUUUUAUCGUUUUGUUUUCGCGGGAAGGACUUCAAUGCGGUUUCGUUUCCAUAUCUAGGGUUUUAGUUUCGUGUUGCUGCCUCCUUAUUCAAUCCUGCGUUUAUGACUCACCUAGAUUUUUAACUGUAUUUGGUUAUGAUUCUGUAUCCUGGUCGACGAUGAAGAAUGUGGAAAUAGCCCAAUGGCUCAAGGGGCUACCACUGGCGCCCGAAUUUCGCCCCACAGAUACUGAAUUUUCUGAUCCUAUUGCCUACAUUUCUAAAAUCGAGAAAGAAGCGAGCUCUUUUGGUAUAUGUAAAGUGAUUCCUCCGUUCUCUAAGCCUUCUAAGAAAUAUGUGCUCCAUAACUUGAAUAAGUCGCUCACAAAGUGUCCAGAGUUGGGUUUAGAUGUAAAGGCUUGUUCUGAUAAAGGGAAUGGACAAUUUGGGGAGUCUAGGGCAGUGUUUACUACCAGAUGUCAGGAAUUGGGCCAGAGUGAGAAGAAGAAGAUGAAUAUGAAGGGGAUGUCAGGGAGUCUGUCAUUUGGAGCUCAGAAGAAGGUUUGGCAAAGUGGAGAAGUUUAUACACUGGAAAAGUUUGAAGCAAAAUCAAAGUCUUUUGCUAGGAAACAAUUAGGCACAGUUAAAGACGUUUCACCAUUAGUUGUUGAGACAAUGUUUUGGAAGGCAGUUUCUCAGAAGUCAGUUUAUGUGGAGUAUGCUAAUGACGUGCCAGGUUCAGGUUUUGGCGAGCCUGAAGGAGUUUCCAAUAUUUACAGGAAAAAGAGGAGGAGGAAGAAGAGGGAAGUGUUUGAUCGAAGCCACACAAAAACUUGUGAUAACAAGAAAGAAGGUCUUCUUGAUAGUACUAGUAUCGAUAAACAGUCAUUUUGUGUUAGUCCUGAUAUAUGUAAAGUCUCACCGUCUGAUUACUCCGCAUCUUCCCAACCUAAUGGUUUGCGUGAUAGUAAUGAUGUGGAGGGCAGUGCUGGAUGGAAACUAUCAAACAGUCCAUGGAAUUUACAAGUCAUAGCUAGGUCACCUGGAUCACUAACCCGCUACAUGUCGGAUGAUAUUCCCGGUGUUACGUCUCCUAUGGUCUACAUUGGUAUGUUGUUCAGCUGGUUUGCAUGGCAUGUUGAAGAUCACGAGCUUCACAGCUUGAAUUUCCUUCACACGGGAUCCCCAAAAACUUGGUAUGCAGUGCCGGGUGACUAUGCAUCAAAGUUUGAAGAAGUUGUGCGAGUUCAGGCUUAUGGAGACAGUACUGAUCCAUUAGCUGCUCUUACUCUAUUGGGUGAGAAGACUACUCUUCUAUCACCUGAAGUAAUUGUUUCAUCAGGCAUACCCUGUUGCAGGUUAGUGCAGUACCCUGGCGAGUUUGUGGUCACUUUUCCAAGAGCAUACCAUGUAGGGUUCAGUCAUGGUUUCAAUUGUGGAGAGGCUGCUAACUUUGGAACUCCUCAGUGGCUCACAGUAGCUAAAGAUGCUGCAGUUCGUCGAGCAGCCAUGAAUUAUCUUCCCAUGCUUUCUCAUCAGCAGUUGCUAUACCUGUUGACCAUGUCUUUUGUUUCAAGAGUGCCAAAGUCAUUGCUACCUGGGAUGCGAAACUCUCGCUUGAAAGAUCGUCAGAAGGAAGAAAGAGAGACUUUGGUGAAGAAAGCAUUUGUGGGAGAUGUCCUAAAGGAGAAUGAGUUAGUAACCAUUUUACUACAGAAAAAUUCCUCUUACCAAGCAGUGUUGUGGGAUGUGGAUAUGUUGCCAUCUGCAAGUGAACGAUUUGAAUCGCAAAAGUGUGUCGGUACUGAUUUAACAAAGAAGUGUAGUGAUCAAAAUGAUAACAAGUACAACAGCCAGGAUAUUUUAAACAAAAUGAACUCAUAUUUGGAAAAUUCGAGUGAUUUAUGUGCGGAAGAUGAGGAUUUAUCAAAUGAAUUUCAAAUUGAUACUGGAGCGUUGCCUUGUAUAGCUUGUGGGAUACUGGGUUUUCCUUUUAUGGCUGUUGUACAACCAUCAGAGAAAUCAAUAAAGAACUUCUACUCAGAGGAUUUUCAUACAAUACAAUGCAUGGGAGAGCUGAAAUCUUUUGAACCGCGUUCCCAUUCGCAACGGGAUAGCAUAGUAUUUGGCGAUGUUGCAGUAGACAGGUCAAUGCCACCUGAAAGGCUUCUCCUUCACCCUAAACGAGUGUCUUGUGCUGAAUCAGGAGAAUCUACUGCAUCUCAAAUGAAGGGUCAACUCCCAUUAGCUGGCCCUUUAUCUGCAAGUAAUCCAUCUGUCAACCUUGAAGACAAAUGGGAUACAUAUAAUGCAUUUUUAAGGCCACAAAUACUUUGCAUUGAACACGCGAUUCAAACUGAAGAGUUGUUGCAUAGAAGGGGCGGGGCAAAAAUUCUUGUUAUGUGCCAUUCAGACUUUCAGAAAAUAAGGGCUUAUGCUACAUUUAUCGCAGAGGAAACAGACACCACAUUUGUCUAUAAUGAGAUUGUCUUAGAUAAUGCAUCUAAGGAACAUCUUCAGUUGAUAGAUCUUGCAAUUGAAGAUGGAAACCGUGAAUGUGCUGAAGACUGGACAUCAACACUACAUAUCAAUUUACUGCAUUCUAUGAAGAAGUUGAGUAAAAACAACAGUCAAACAGCUAAGAAGUUAGAGUAUGCGCUGAUUUUGAGUAGGCUAUUCCCCAACACAACAACCUCCAGUACGAAGUGUUUGGGUUACAAAUGGGAAUCCAGAAAAGUACGCUCUAAGAGAAGAUCAAAUUCCAAACCAGCAAAUAAAACACGUGUGCCUUCAAGAUUUGAGGAGAAAUGUUUGGAAUCAAAAUUAGACAACACUCGAGCAUCCAGAGAAGAAACAAUAGCUGUCCAGUAUACUAGGAAAAGAUACAAGUUAAAACCACACGCUUCUGUAGAAAGUGAUAUUUUCAUUCCUCAUGAGAUCUCCAAUGCUAAUGAAAAACUGGAGAAUCUCAUUCCUCAGAUGCUGGCAAUGGAGGACCAAAGCAGAAAUUCACACAGAAAUGAUUCACCCGAUGUUACCAGUUUUGUGAAAAGCCCAUGUGAAGGCCUAAGGCCAAGGGCAGCCAAGAAAGAGACAUCAACGUGUGCAAGUGAUAAUAAUACUAAGAAUAAUUUCCAGGAUCAAAGGAAUGGAGGACCCUCACACAGGUGUUACAUUGAAAGGUGCAAAAUGAGUUUCAAGACAAAGAGAAAGCUGUCCCUUCACAAACGUAACCGGUGUCCAGUCAAUGGUUGCGGGAAGAAGUUUAACUGUCACAGAUAUGCCGUACGUCAUCAACGCGUCCAUGAAGAAGAUAGGCCCCUGAAAUGUUCAUGGAAAGGUUGCAGCAUGUCUUUUAAGUGGAGUUGGGCAAGGACUGAACAUUUGCGUGUUCACACUGGGGAACGACCUUACAAAUGCAAGUUUGAAGGAUGUGGCCUCUCUUUCAGGUUUGUGUCAGAUUUUAGCAGGCAUAGGCGUAAAAUGGGACAUCAUAGCAGCUGAUUAAUCCACUACGUCAAAAGAAUGGUUUUGUCUCAAUAGGUUGGUUUGCUAUAAGUUUGCUACCCUCCAUUUCCAAAGAAAGGGUGGGUUGCCUUAUUGUGAAACCUCUGUAGGUUUUGAUAUGUACCAGACUGAUUAUAGUUUGAUUUCUUUAGGAUGGUUCAUCUUUGUAAGAAGAUUGAUCGUAUUCCUACUUGGGUACUAUUGUCUUCUGUUGUGACGUGAAAAAAUAGUAGCUCAGUGGAAGUAGAUGAUGUAAUAUUAGCAGA